AUGGAACGCCACCAAAAUGGUAUGGAUGUGUGGGUAGGACAAGGUCGGGUAAAUCAACUCGGCGGGCUGUUCAUCAACGGUCGUCCCUUGCCGAAUCAUAUCAGGCUGAAGAUCGUGGAGAUGGCGGCGGCGGGCGUCCGGCCUUGCGUCAUCUCGCGGCAGCUCCGCGUCUCGCAUGGAUGCGUUUCGAAAAUUCUCAAUAGAUACCAGGAAACGGGAUCCAUCAGACCAGGUGUGAUAGGAGGAUCGAAGCCUAGAGUAGCAACUCCUGAAGUCGAAGCGAGAAUAGAAGAGCUCAAACGACAAAAUCCAGGAAUAUUCUCAUGGGAAAUACGAGAAAAACUCAUAAAGGAGGGCGUGUCAGAUCCGCCCAGCAUAUCGUCGAUAUCGCGGUUGCUUCGCGGUGGCGCCAGAGACCCGGACGGGAAGAAGGAUUACAGCAUCGACGGCAUACUUGGAGGCCGAGGGUCAGAUUCUUCAGACAUAGAAUCCGAGCCGGGACUAACACUGAAACGCAAACAGCGACGUUCACGUACGACCUUCACAGGAGAACAGCUGGACGCGUUAGAAAGAGCCUUCCAUAGAACACAGUACCCAGACGUGUACACAAGAGAGGAGUUAGCAUUACAGACCGGACUUACUGAAGCUAGGAUUCAGGUUUGGUUCUCUAAUAGACGUGCUCGAUUGAGAAAGAACACAGGUUCAAAUUCGACUCCAACACUUGCAAGCUACUCAACAUUACCCAUGCCUCAAAUACCAUGUCCUUAUCCUGCCGGAGACAUACCUUCUCUAUCCCAGCAUCACCCACAGCAUCCAGAUCCUUGGCAUCACCAAAAAUACGCUAACUACAACCAGUUAAUGGCACAGUCUCAACAUUUAAAUCAAGCAUUUCAAUCUGCUGCCUUUCCUAGCUCGUCAGGUGCUACUUUCAGUCACCUGGUUUCUGGUGCCAGUGCAUCUACUCAUAGUCAAAUUUUGGAUGCUAAUACUGCUAGAAGUGAUUAUACACGCUACCCACCUAAUGACAUUUAUAACAAAACCAUCAACUACAUGCCCAAAGAUACUGAAGCUGAAGACAAAAUUGUUAGCGACGAAGUCCUAGAACAGAGGGAUGACACUUAUGUAAAAGGUAAUGAAUAUAAAGAAUUGCAAAGCAGUGAUUAUCCAAAAGUUCCUACUGAUUAUUCAAAGCUUGCUGUGGAUCCAUCUUCGUCUAAUUGGAGCCCGUCUAACAAUUCUUUAAAUAUGAGUCUGGCUGGAUUACCCAGUGACUAUAAGUACAUGAGUGAUCCAUACUCAUUUUCUAAUAUUGCUCCCGACCCUCUUAACCAGCACAACUACACUAAUCCAGGAAAUGCUGCCAAUAAAUACUGGAUUUGACGAAAGUAUAAAUUGUGUCAAAAGUAUAAAAGUAAAUGGGAAGUUUAGCGAUGUGUAACAGUACCUUAUCUUGUAGUAAUAAUUUGUUUAAAUUUAUUAAUAUCGUUAAUUUUAUUUAAAUUCUAUAAAAUAAUAUUUUGUAUUAUAGAAAUACGUUUUAAUGCGUUAAUUGUAAACAUUACCUCUGUAUGCAUUCCAUUUAUAGAUACCUAUUUAAAUACCAAAACUGUAAGUUAAGUUAUUAGACAAGUCAUUAAUUAAUAUAACUUUUAAAAGUUA